AUCCUGUACCUAUGGAUAUGCGAUUUUAAUUCCAGCCCGUAUUUCAGUGCCGCACUUACGUUCAUGCAAACUCCAACAAUCGAAGAAGGUGAGGCAGAAAUGGUGAUAUCAUCGGGUAGUUCGAAUGUAGAUUCUGAUGAUUCCGAUGAAACAUCUUCAUCUUAUACAUCAUAA